CGCACGCGAGACCGGCGGGCGGCGAGCACGGGGUCGGGGCGUGGAGAGAGAUGGAGGCGGCGAGGGCGGACCCGGCCGCGGGGCUGGACGUGGACAAGCUCACCUACGAGAUCUUCUCCAUCCUCGAGAGCAAGUUCCUCUUCGGCUACGACGACCCCAAGCUCUUCUCCGCGGGGGCCUCGCCGCAGCCGGGGGCCGGUUCGGGGAAGGCCACGCCGCUGAGAGCGGUGGCGCCGCCGGCGGCCGGCAAGGGCAAAGUGUGCAUCCUGUCGAUCGACGGCGGCAGCCGGGCCGCCGACGGGCUGCUCGCCGGCUCCGCGCUGGUCAGGCUGGAGGCCUCCCUGCGGCGGCGCACCGGGGACGAGGGGGCCAGGCUGGCCGACUUCUUCGACGUCGCGGCCGGGUCCGGCGCCGGGGGCGUGCUCGCGGCCAUGCUGGUCGCGCGGGGCCCCGCCGGGCGCCCGAUCUUCUCGGCGGAGGACGCCCUCGCCUUCCUGCUGCGCAGCCUCCGCCGGGGGUGGUCCGACGGCGGCGGCGGGGCCGGGGGCGGCCUGCGCGCGCUGUUCCGCCGCCCGGGCGCCGCGUUCCGCAAGCUGUUCGGGGACCUCACCCUGCGCGACACGGUGCGGCCCGUGCUGGUCCCAUGCUACGACCUUGCCACGGGGGGCCCGUUCCUCUUCUCGCGCGCCGACGCCGUCGAGACCCGCGCCUACGAUUUCCGCCUCCGCGACGUCUGCGCCGCGACCUGCGCCGGUUCUGGCGGCUCCGCGGCCGCGGUGGAGGCGCGGUCCUGCGACGGGUCCACCCGCAUCGCAGCGGUCGGCGGCGGCGUCGCGCUCGGCAACCCCACGGCGGCCGCCAUCACGCACGUGCUCAACAACAAGCGCGAGUUCCCGCUCGCCGCCGGCGUCGAGGAUCUGCUCGUCGUCUCCAUCGGCAGCGGCGAGGGCGAGCCGCGGGGCGCCGCCUCCACGUCCGAGAUCGUCAGGAUCGCCGCCGAGGGCGUCGCCGACAUGGUGGAUCAGGCCGUGGCCAUGGCGUUCGGACAUAAUAGGACAAGCAACUACAUCCGCAUUCAGGCGACGGGGACGCCGCGGGCGGGCCGGGGCGGCGCGGCCAAGGGCGGGUGUGUGGCGGAGGAGAUGCUGGCGCAGAAGAACGUGGAGUCGGUGCUGUUCCGCGGGAAGAAGGUGGCGGAGCAGACCAACGCCGAGAAGCUGGAGCGGUUCGCGCACGAGCUCGUCAAGGAGCGCGACCGCCGCAGGACCAGCCCGGUGUCGCCCACUGUCGUCAAGCAGCAUCCCUCGACGCCGACGCCGGCGUCGUACUCGAACCUGGUCAGCCACACGCUCACCAGCAUCAUGUAGACCGCCACCAGCACAGCAAGGCCAAGUGAAAUGUGCUGCAUGUACUAGUCUCCUAGCUCCUUUUUUUUCCCUUUCCGCUCAAUUUCUGCAGCCGGCCGAUUUUUGUAAAUGCGGUUUGACCCCAAGAAAAAAAAAUGGCGCGUGAU